AGCUAAUCUAGACCGUGUGUGAAAUUAAUGAUGAUUAAUAUAAGUCUUACUAUAGUAAUUUUGAAUUCAGUUAUAAGAAAUAAUUUGCAAAGAGCAGGCGUUUGCACAAGUUGGAAUAAUAAGGUUCUUCUCGUUGGAUUUUAGUUGUAAAAGUUCUCUACAUUGGAUUACAAAGAAUGAGUCGUCGGCUCACUGACAAAGUUGUCAUCAUCACAGGUGCCAGUUCUGGUAUUGGGGCUGGAAUAGCAGUGGAGUUCGCUAAAGAAGGUAGUAAAGUAGUACUUGUAGGCAGGAAUGUGGAAAAUUUAGAAAAGACGUCAAAGUUAUGCCAAGAUCAGGGAUUGGAGAAGCAAAAGAUUCUGACGGUGAAAACUGAUGUUACCGAUGAGGAACAAUUGGCACGCUUAGUGGAUGCUACUGUGAAACAAUUUGGUGGCAUUGACGUACUGGUGAACAAUGCAGGAGCAGUUAACACUGGUGGCAUACAAGAUGUGGAAUUGAAGCAAUUAGAUGAGAUGUUGAACAUACAUGUUAGAGCUGUAUUCCAACUUACCAAACUGGCUAUUCCAUAUUUGGUAGAGAACCGAGGAAGUAUAGUGAAUGUUUCAAGCCUACAAGCGUUAUCGCCAGGAACUAUGGAGUUUGUUGAUGUUACCUAUAGUGUUGCUAAAGCAGGCCUGGAUAUGUUAACUAAGUGUACAGCCUUGGAGUUGGCAAAAAAGAAAGUCAGGUGCAAUUCUGUCAACCCUGGUGUAGUGCCAUCAGGACUUUUAACAAAAUCAGGAGAAUUCACUGAGGAAGAAGUUAAAGGGUUCUAUGAAUCCCAAGUGUCAGCUCAUCCUCUUGGCAAACUUGGAACAACAGAGGAUGUUGCAAAAGCUGUAACAUUCCUCGCCUCAGAAGACUCUGGGUUCAUAACAGGAGCAAUCCUACCAAUAGAUGGCGGCAGGAAUCUCCCCAUCCCAUAAUUUUUUCAAUGGGUCUUGACAAUGUUUGAGUGACUGCUGAUCUCACUUCCAAAAAGGUCAAGCGAAAGUGCUUGAUUAGAGUUUUUAUAUUAAUUAAUAUUUAUUUUGUUUUGGUAAAUUAAACCUUCAGGACUGGACCAGACAAGUAUAAUGAAAUAAAAACUAAAGGAAUAG